AUGUAUUAAAAACUUUGGAUCCCCAUCCCAAAUGAUUUUAAAGUCAACAAUGAACGAUUGUACAUUUAAGGCGAAUUUACCAAAGAAAAUGGAAAGAUAAGAGUUCUUUAUGGCUAUGAUCAAUAUAUACUUUAAUCGAAAAAAGCGUCCAAACCCAACAAGUGCCUAAAGCUUGAAUUUGAUACAAAAUUUGAAAUUUUGAGAUAACCUAUUCCAAAAAAAGAUGAGGAUGACGAUAGUUUAGGUCCGAUUAUAGGCUUGCAAUUUUUGAGAGAUUGUGUUGAAAAUAUGGUCAAGUUGAGAUUGAAUGCAAAAACACAACAAAUAAAUGAAUGGAGAUCCUUUCUUGGAGAAAGAAUUAACUAAUGGUAAUUUCAUAGUAUGUUCAGAGUUUUUAAAAAAAUUGGAAAAGGGAACUUUGCAUCUGUAUAUUAAGCUGAGAGGAUAGAAGACAACCAAUUAAUGGCAAUAAAAGCUUUUGCCAAAUAGCCUGCUUAUGCUGAAGAAAAUGGAAAAAAUGCAAUAAUUAAUGAAUUGACGAUAAUGAGAAAUCUUAAUAACCUACAUUUAAUGAAAUUAUAUGAAGUUUAUGAGACUAAUAAUUCUUUGUACGUGGGUCUAGAACUAUUAGAAGGUGGAUCAUUGUAUGAUUUAAUUAAGGAUAAAGUCCUAAUUAAUACUAAGUAAAUAUAACAGAUAGUUGUGGGCAUCCUAGUAGGACUCUAAGAUAUGCAUAAGAAAUAGAUUAUGCAUAGGGAUCUGAAAUUAGAAAACAUAUUGUUCAAGAAACCAAAAAAAAUGGAAUCAGUCGUGAUAGCUGACUUUGGAUUGGCCACCUAUGUUAAUGAGCCAGUUUACUUGUAUUGUAGAUGCGGAACUCCAGGAUUUGUGGCACCAGAAGUUAUCAACAUCAAGGAUAUGAAAUCUAAAUAUUCAUCUAUCUGCGACAUUUAUAGUCUUGGAUUAGUAUUUUAUUUAUUGCUUACUGGUAAAUCUGCCUUUAAUGGAAAAAGCUAUUCUACUGUAGUCAAAUAGAAUAGAGAGGCAAACAUAGAUUUUGAUAUCAAAUAGUUAUAGAAUGCUCCUGGUUAUGCUAUAGAUUUGCUUAAGUAAAUGCUCGAGAGAGAUCCAAAUAAGAGAAUCAAUGCUGAAAGAUGUCUAAAUCAUCCAUUUUUAUUUGAAACUGCUAAAGAGAUCAUGGAAGCAGAAAAUCAAGAUUAAAAUUUCGAUGAAAUUGAUGAAAGUAUUGAAAUUUAAUCAAUGAUGCAUAAAAUCAAUGAUGAAUAUUCAAAAUUUGAUGCAAUCAGAAAUAUGAACUCUCCACUAUAAUCACCUAAAUAAUCUCCAGGUUUAGUUAUGUAAAAAUAGAUUAAAUAACAAAAAUAAAUUGAUUCGUAAAAGGCAUUCGGAGCUGAAUCACCAUUAAUUAAAGGGAAAAUUGAGUCUAUCGAUAGUGCUUAGACUAUUGGUACCCCAACUAAAAGAUCUAGUAUACUAUAGCCAUCACCCUAAAUAAAACCAUCGAAAUUUUCGAAACAGGGUCAGAACAACCCUUUAUUAAAAUAUUCGAAAAAUGAUUGA